AUGAUGGAAAAACUACGCAGAAGUUGGCAGAUUUCUGCUAACUUUCUCCUCCUGUCUUCCAGCUCCAUAUUUAAAGGCUCAGCUGUGUGUGUGUAUCAUCUAUCUGACAUCCAGACUGUGUUCAAUGGGCCAUUUGCACACAAGGAGGGCCCAAACCACCAGCUGAUUCCAUAUCAGGGCAGAAUUCCGUACCCGCGACCUGGCACUUGUCCAGGAGGAGCCUUCACACCUAAUAUGCGGACAACCAAAGAGUUUCCAGAUGAUGUUGUGACCUUCAUCAGGAAUCACCCUUUGAUGUUUAAUCCCAUUUACCCAAUACACAAGAGGCCAUUAAUCAUCAGGAUAGGAGCCGACUACAAGUAUACAAAGAUUGCUGUGGAUCGAGUGAAUGCUGCUGAUGGAAGAUAUCACGUCUUGUUUCUUGGAACAGAUCAAGGAACCGUACAAAAAGUUGUUGUCCUACCCACCAACUUCUCUGCAAGUGGAGAACUCAUUUUAGAAGAGAUGGAAGUUUUUCAGAGUAAUUCUCCUAUAACAACAAUGAAGAUUUCAUCUAAAAAGCAACAGCUGUACGUGAGCUCGGAUGAAGGGGUCACCCAGGUGUCCUUGCAUCGCUGCCACAUCUAUGGGACCGCCUGCGCUGACUGCUGCCUCGCCCGAGAUCCCUACUGUGCCUGGGAUGGCAGCUCCUGCUCCAGGUUCUAUCCCACAGGGAAAAGGAGGAGUCGUAGGCAAGACGUGAGACAUGGAAACCCUCUGACUCAGUGCCGAGGUUUCAACCUGAAAGCAUACAGAAAUGCUGCAGAAAUAGUUCAAUAUGGAGUGAAAAACAACACCACUUUUCUGGAAUGCACACCCAAAUCUCCUCAGGCUUCUAUUAAAUGGCUCCUACAGAAAGACAAUGACAGGAGGAAAGAGGUCAAGCUGAAUGAGAGGAUCAUAGCGACUGAGCAAGGACUCCUCAUUCGCUCUGUCCAAGACAGCGACCGAGGGCUUUACCACUGCAUCGCAACAGAGAACAACUUCAAGCAGACCUUAGCAAAGAUCAACUUCAAAGUGUUGGAUUCGGAGAUGGUGGCCUUCAUGACCGACAAGUGGUCCCCUUGGACCUGGGCCGGCUCGGUGCGAGCGCUGCAGUUUCACCCCAAGGACUUUGUGGGAGCUUUCAGCCACUCAGAAAUGCAGAUGAUUAACCAGUACUGCAAGGACAGUAGACAGCAAGGGCAGCAAAGGGAGGAAUCCCAGAAGAUGAGAGGGGACUACAGCAAACUAAAGGCCCUUAUCAAUAGCAGGAAAAGUAGAAACAGAAGGAAUCAGUUACCUGGAUCUUAAUUUUAUUUUGUAGUAAUAGAUAUGUUUGUGCUCACUGUAGGGGGCUUAUAUUUGUCUAUUGAGAACAAAUUUGAGCAAAUAGGAUUAAAAAAUAAAUUAAACAAGCCUCAGAAAGGAUUAGUCUCCCAGUAAAAUGCAGUGUAACUUAAAAAAAUAUUUCAGAGCAUUUUCUUUCCUAGAUGCUUGCCGACACUAGGUUGGGCUCUGUCCUAGAAGCAAAACUGGGUAUUCAUCUUAAACCAGAUUCACCUUUAAGAUGCGGUAUUUAAUUACAGCUGAAUAGAUUUUCUUACAAAAUCAAUGCAUUAUCUUGCAACUCUG